AUGGUCGUACCAGCAGUAGGAAUAGACCUUGGAACCACGUACUCUUGCGUCGGAGUUUUCCAACAUGGUAAGGUUGAAAUCAUUGCAAACGAGCAGGGUAAUAGAACUACACCGUCAUAUGUCGCUUUUAAUGAUACAGAACGACUUAUUGGGGAUGCAGCAAAAAAUCAGAUUGCAAUGAAUCCAAAAAAUACGGUUUUUGAUGCAAAGCGCUUAAUUGGACGAAGGUUUGAUGAUCCUAAAAUUCAACAAGAUAUUAAGCACUGGCCCUUUGAAGUCGUUUCCGACGGCGGAAUACCAAAAAUAGUUGUAGAUUAUAAGGGUGAAAAACGAAGAUUUACCCCAGAAGAGAUUUCAUCCAUGGUUCUGACAAAAAUGAAAGAGGUGGCUGAAACAUAUCUUGGUGGCCAAGUGAAAGAUGCGGUUAUAACAGUCCCAGCGUACUUCAACGAUGCUCAACGACAAGCAACGAAGGAUGCUGGCGUAAUUGCCGCACUUAAUGUGUUGAGAAUCAUAAACGAACCAACCGCAGCUGCUCUCGCUUAUGGACUAGAUAGAGAUUUAAAAGGAGAGAAGAAUGUACUCAUAUUCGAUCUUGGUGGUGGAACGUUUGAUGUAUCUAUACUUCAAAUAUCGGAAGGAUCCUUAUUUGAAGUGAGAUCGACAGCAGGUGAUACGCACUUGGGUGGUGAAGAUUUUGACUCUCGUAUGGUGGACCACUUUGGCCAAGAGUUCGAUAGGAAAUACAAAAAAGACAUUAAAAGUAACCCGAAAGCUUUGAGACGUCUUCGUACCGUUUGCGAAAGAGCUAAAAGGACGUUAUCAUCCAGUACAGAAGCUACAUUAGAAGUAGACGCGUUACAUGAUGGUAUAGAUUUCUACUCAAAAAUUACACGAGCGCGUUUUGAAGAGUUGUGUUCUGAUUUAUUUCGACAAACACUCGCACCAGUUGAAAGAGCGCUCAAAGAUGCUAACUUAAAUACUAGGGAAAUAAACGAUGUUGUAAUGGUUGGUGGAUCUACAAGAAUACCAAAAAUACAAAGACUUUUACAGGAUUUCUUUAGUGGGAAAACAUUGAAUCUUUCAAUUAAUCCCGAUGAGGCAGUCGCUUACGGGGCUGCUGUACAGGCCGCUAUACUUACCGGUAACAAAGACACUCGUCUUCAGGAUGUUCUUCUUGUCGAUGUCACGCCACUAUCUCUUGGUAUAGAAACCGCUGGUGGUCUUAUGACUAAAUUGGUUGAAAGAAACACAAGAAUACCAAUUGCCCAAAAGAAAAUAUUUACCACUUAUACUGAUAAUCAACCUGCAGUUACUAUUCAGGUGUAUGAAGGAGAACGAGUGAUGACAAAAGAUAACAACAUACUGGGUACGUUUAAUUUGACGGGAAUCCCGCCAGCUCCGAGGGGUAUACCUCAAAUCGAAGUAACCUUCGACAUAGAUGCCAACGGUAUUCUCAGUGUCAGCGCCCAAGAUCAAAGUACAGGUCGCUCUGAACAAAUAACAAUAUCCAAUGAUAAAGGGCGACUCAAUAAAAAAGAGAUAGAGAAGAUGCUGGAAGAUGCUGAAAAAUUUAAGGCAGAAGAUGAAGCAGUGAGGAAGAGAGUUGAAAUUAGGAAUCAGUUAGAGGCCUAUCUGUAUGGAUGUAAAACGGCCACAGAAAAUGCCGGUAACCGACUAACAGACAAUGAACGUGAUACAGUUAUUAACGAGUGUAACACUCACCUACGAUGGUUGGAAUCAAACCCAAAUGCAACCUUAUCACAACUGGAAGAGCAUUUGAAAGCAGCUCAAGCAGCUUGCCAGUCGGCCAUGUUGAAGCUACACGGUGUAGCGGGAGGACCAAGUUGUACAAGACCAGUUAGUUCUGGCGGACCGAGAGUUGAGGAAGUUGAU